UGUGAGCUGCCUCCUUCUGCUGUGUGCACAUUGCAGAGGUGGUGGUGCAAUAAUAGCCAGCUGCGGGCGGAGUGUGUGUAAGUGUGUGCAUGCCGCCGCUGGGUGUCUUCACUCCGGCUUCACUGUCGACAACACAGGCGGGUCUGUGUGUCCGUGCUUUCCGGAAGAGAGGGUGUGACACAUGGGACACAUCUCGGGUCAGCAGCUGAUCCUGCUUCUCGUUUGCACAGAAAGCAGCAUGGAAGCCUCUCUGCGGGUGUGUGUGUAUAAUCGGCUGUGAGUGGAGAGGAUCAAACAGGCGGGACAUCCCUGUCUCCGGAUCCCUUUCACUGGAACGCGCUCACACACGCCCGAGCUCUCGUUUGGCUCCGGUGGGAGGGUGAGCAUUGCUACCGGAGGCCGGCCCAGGUCACGUUGAUGCUGGCGGGCGCUCCACGGUACUGUCCCCGCCACCUGCUCCAGCGCUGCCCCCACCUCCCGGCCCACCCACCAUGGCUACGAGCAGUGACCCUGGCCGUGAGCGGCUGGACCCCGACUCUGAUAAACAGACCAGCAGUCUCACCGACAUUAUGAGUGCCAUGACCACAAAAGACUCUGAUGGCUCUGCUACCAACGGCGUCAGGAAUGGCGUGGCUCAGCAGGAGGGGGCUCAUGCCAAGAGGACCCAUGCUUUGCGACCUUACUUGACCGGAAGGAAGUUGUCGCUGCAGGAGAGAGGCACCUACAUGUCGUCAGGAGGAGGGUACACGCACAUUUCCCCUCGUGUGGCUCGCAGGCCCUGCGUGGAGUCCAAACGUGUGUCCAUAUCAGACGCCCAGGACUGUAUCCAGUUGAACCAGUACAAGCUGAAGAGUGAGAUUGGAAAGGGCUCCUACGGUGUGGUUAAACUUGCCUACAAUGAGGAUGAUGACAAACAUUAUGCCAUGAAGCUGGUUUCCAAGAAGAAGUUAAUUAAGCAGUGUGGUUUUCCACGUCGCCCACCCCCAAGAGGACCCAAGGCGGCUCAAGGAGAGCAGCCCAAAAUCUUAGGACCCCUGGAGAGGGUCUACCAAGAGAUCGCCAUCCUCAAAAAACUGGACCAUGUCAACAUUGUGAAGCUGGUGGAGGUACUGGAUGAUCCAGCGGAGGACAACCUUCAUAUGGUGUUUGAGCUGAUGCCGAAAGGUCCAGUGAUGGAGGUUCCCUCAGAUACUCCUUUGUCAGAGGAGCAGGCGAGAUUAUACUUCAGAGAUGUCAUCCUGGGCAUGGAGUACCUGCACUACCAGAAGAUUGUCCACAGGGACAUCAAGCCCUCUAACUUGCUCCUGGGGGACGACGGCCACGUGAAGAUAGCGGAUUUUGGGGUCAGCAACCAGUUUGAAGGCAACGAUGCCUUACUGUCCAGCACUGCUGGCACUCCUGCAUUUAUGGCCCCAGAGACCCUUUCAGACGCGCGAAAGAGCUUUAGUGGAAAAGCACUGGAUGUGUGGGCCAUGGGAGUUACACUUUACUGUUUCGUUUUUGGAAAGUGCCCCUUUAUUGAUGAGUACAUAUUGGCUUUGCACAAUAAGAUAAGGACCAAGCUUGUGGAUUUCCCAGAAACACCAAAUAUCAGUGAAGAGCUGCGGACUCUGAUCCUGCGGAUGCUGGAUAAGAACCCGGACACCAGGGUUACCAUCCCUGAGAUCAAGCUGGACCAGUGGGUGACCCAGGGGGGCACUGACCCCUUGCCACUGGAGGAGGAGCACUGCUCCGUGGUGGAAGUGACGGAGGAGGACAUCCAGAACUCAGUCAAGUUUGUUCCCAGCCUCUCUGCAGUGAUUUUGGUGAGAGCCAUGCUGAGGAAGCGCUCCUUCAGUAACCCCUUCGAGUGUCCAAGCAGGAGAGAGGAGCGCUCUAUGUCUGCACCAGGCAGCCUGCUAAUGGACUCGUGGCCCUUCCGGCCCUCUUUAAAAAUGCACCCCUCCCUCAGAAAGGGCAGCACAGGAGAUGGACCCAGAGAAGGAGAGCUGGAGGACCUGCAUGAAGACGAGCCCUCCUCUUGAGUCUCUCAACAGUCUUAAACUCCAUCCCAACAUACAUCCCUCUGCUUGUCCACCGGUGUACUCUCCACUUUAAUCUGCUGAUCGACUCGAGUUCACAUUCAGACUUGUUUGCUCGGGCUUGCUUUUUCUUCCUGAUCUGCCCUUCUACAAUGUGGAGACUCUGGGCAUUUAGUUUGUUCUUCAAUGUCGCUUGUCUUAACUGCUCUCCCACUUCCUGUUGUGACUGGCAUCAGUGAACCGAUAGGGGGAACUCUGCAUCAUUACCAGUUGAAGACGGACACAAACAUGUUUUUCAGCUGGCAUUACAAUGAUGUGGGAAAUAAACUGUCAAAACACGUCUGCAUGGAUGAAUAGUUAAACCGUCAUCAUCACACUGUCUAUAGCCAGCCUGACAAGGAGAAUAAUCCUCACAGCAUGUAAAUGGCAUUAGAUUGUCUCUUCAGUGAACUACAGGAUUGUUUUCUUUCUGAUAUUGUACAUAGAUGUCUUGAGGUAUCAUCAAUGUAUCGUCUCACAGCCCUUUUCUUGUUUUUAUGCCAUCGGUAGCUUUUAUGUUUGAGCUGGGUGAUGGAAUCCUUCCUGUGCUGCCUUCCAGGGCCCACCUUGUUGGAUUCCUCUGACAGGAAGUCAGCUGUCUACGGGUGAUCGCACAGAAAGGCCAGUGACUUGGCUAUGCUCCAACACAUUUCAAAGUUACUUUGGUCGCUGUGUUAUUUGAAACCUUUUCUGUUAGAAGUCAUUUCACGCUUCCUUUUCAACUCCUUCGUGUCUGAUAAUUGUUCUCCUGCACCGUCCCUUUCCUUCCGUAUCCUGUUGUACUGUUUGAUCCAAUGUGAAGUCAUGGCGACAGAGGUCGGAGCACUUGGAAGUGUUGUUUGUUGUUUGAUGGUGAGUCAGAACAGACUGUAAUUUCCCUUUUUAAAAAUCCCAUUCUUGGAUUCAGAGCUUGUUUGAAAGCAUGCAUAAUCGUAUUGUCCAAGUUAAACAUCAAUGUGCGCUCUUACAGAAGAAAUUGAAUUAUCCAAGGGACUGUGUACAAAUUAUUACUGAAGGAGAGGUCAGAGAUGUGGCAGGGUUGUUAUGUUUCCUUUUAGCUGAGGAAUGGUUAGUCUGAAUGUUUUGGAGAAAAGGAGAAGGGUCUUUUUAUUAGUCUAAUGUCCCACAUUAAUAAUUCAGUAUUCCCUUGCACAUGGCUCUCAAAGUCACAGCAGAUCAUAAAACUGUGCUGAGCUGUGACAAAUGUUAUCUCUACAAAAAGUAAUAAUCUCCUUUACUUUCUUAUGCAUAGUAACACAAAUGUGUUAAAAAAUAGUAGAUGUGUCAUAAAAUGUCAGCCACACUUUUUGAAAUGAUUAAUUCCAUUUAUUGUGUAAAGAAUUCUUCCUCAAACACAGAGAUAUGAUUUAAAUAUAUUUUAUAAAAUAAUUGAUUACAUUUAAAUUAGGUUACAUCACAUAGAAUUAUUGAGAAGUCAGAGCUAGGGUUAAAUUAAACCGUAAUUAAUGCUGGAAAGGGUUGUGCGAAUAAAAGAUCUCAGCGAUUUUUGCAAGGUCCCUAACUAGAUUUCCUGGCUAACAUUUUGAAGGUCAAACUAGCCAUACGUGUGUCGAGCUGCGUUGGCUAGUUAGUCAGCAUCCUAACCCUGUGAGAUCAAAACAAUUGGUGGCAUAUGAAAUAUCAUUUAUUUGUGUGAUUGAAGUCCUUUGUUUGCCAUUUAAGCUUGAUUGCCAAACUUCAAAAUAAGUCAAAUCUGUGGUCUGCAGUGUCUACGCUGUCUCAAAUCAACGAUAGAUCUCUUCCUCCUCCGCAGCUCUCCUUCAGAUAAUGUUUGUACAACUCCAUUCUGCUCUUGCCUGGGUCUGAAAGAGAGCGUGCUUAUCUGGCAGAGUGCUCUGAGCACUUGAACCGCAGUGAAAAGAGCAUUUCAAUGUCACGAUUAGACCCAGACUGCCAACAACAACACACUGCAUCCACUUCAGUGCCGUCCCCGGUGUGGCUGAUUAUAAACGGGGGUGGGGGGGGGGGGGGGGGGAAGUGCAGCGUUUUGCAUUUCCUUUAUUAAACUUGCCCUCAGUAUCCGCAGUAAAGGAUGCAUACUAAAGCACAGAGAGCAGAGAGGGGUUGGUAGAAAGUGUUGCACACAUUGAGCCUCUGUGUUUAGAGAUGUAUGUCCACACUGUCAGGAAAGUAAUGCACAAAGACCAUGGGUUCUUGGGAAUGUAAAGCUUUACAUAUAUUUUUAUUUAAUUGUUCCGUAAAAAAGGUAUACGUGUUGAAUGUUGUAAAUGCUGAUUGACAUGAGGGCUUUUUUAUUUAAUGCAACCUUUAUUUUUUUGUUUCCAGAGGACAGGUUAAGGAAGCCCUGAGAUCCUUUUGCAGUUAACCUUCAAUGAAGGACUGUUUGAACCAAAAAUAUUACAUUUGUAUGUCUUAAGGUGACUGUUUAUAACUUACAACAUUCUUUUGAGGUUUUCUUUAAGUCUCUGGGUGUCGCCAGCUUUACAUGUGUGUGUUUGUACUGACAGACUGUUGUCAGUGCCAGAUGUGCAAUAUUGUCGUCGUCCUUGUCAUUGCUGCAUUGUUGACAUUGUUGAAAAAACUAAAGUACUGGUUAUAUUUAAAUAUUUGCACAUUUUCACUUACAGAAAGCAUCUUAAAAAUACUGGUGCCUGCCAGCUAUUCAAAAUUGUACAAUUUAUGAUAGAGGAAAAAAACUGUGGUUCACCUGUAAAAGACCAUAUUAACUGUGUAUGUUCUCAAAGUCUCCCGUGCUUUUGAUAACAAUCUGCAUGUCACAGCAUUGCUCCUUGUUUUUUGAGAUUUCUUUUAUAAAUGAAACUAAAUAUUAUUCAAUUUAUUUUUUCUGUAAUUUAUUCUGCUGUCUGUUUCAAAAGAACGCUGUAACAGCUGCAGUGACAAAAUCUGCAUGUCCACAUAGAGACAGAAAUUGUGAAUGUUGUGUAACCGCAGCUAGGCACUUGUGGAGUUUACUGCUGUAAUGAUGAAGAAUACUACACCACUGUCAUCCCCAUUAUAUGAGCAGCUGGAGAUAGCAGCUUUAUGUCCAAUAUCCCCAGAGACACAGUGAGGGAUGAUCACUAACUGCCCUUAAAGAUUGAACAUUAAGCCUCCAGCUAUAGAACCAAACUGCUACCCUUAUUCAACAGCUAACAGCCUGUUUAUAUUAAUUCUGACCUCUGCAAAGGUUAUGUUUAAAGGGAUAAUUAACCCACAGCUAAAACUCAACAACCUAUUUUCCCUCUUACCUGUUGUGCUGUUUAUAAAUAUGACUUUGAUUUGCAGAGUGUUGGAAAGAUGCUAAUCUUCUCUCCAUACAAUGGGACAAGAAGUAACAUAAAUAGAGAAAAUGUGUUAUAAAAAUGGUAUAAUUAAAUGGCCAUCAUGUAAUCGUCACCUGUAUGACUCUUUCAAUGCUGCACAUUUCAUCCUUGGAGAAAGCCUUAAUACUUCAAGGCAUAGGGGAUUUUCUCAAAUGUAGCACAAAUGUUUUCUUUUUGAUGCAGAUACGGGUCCAGAUACUGAUUAAAUACACAUUUUAAAUUGUGUUACUGGAGGUUUGUGCACCCUCUUAAGUUCAGUGUUAGUGAAAAAAAAUCAAUGGGUGCAAUUGCAGCACUGAGAGUGAGUCACAGGAAUAAUUCCUCAUGAUUUCAGGUCAUUGUAUCCAAAGGAGGAGUGUGGCAGAGUGUACAUAAUGUUCAGUUGGGGAGGAUUUAUACGGCUGCUCUGUAUUUCAUGUGACUGUCCUGAUAUUUUCCUGAAGGUGCCUGCCGUCUCUGCGUCUCGUGUUGUCUCGUGCAUUUUUUCUGAAUGUACUCUGGCUCGUCACAAAUUCAAAAACAGAAGCAUGGCACAUCCCUAUGGAAUGCAAUGUAAAUAUGUACCAAUAUAUAUGAAGAAGCUAUUUUUUGCAUGCUUUUUGUAAGCCCAGACAUAAUCAGAGACAAUAAAAAAAUACAUUCUGAGUUAUUUA